CGGUAGGGGGGGCGCGGUUCGGGCCUUGUCCAGGUGCCCCUUGGGGCCACUUCUAGGGUGUGAACGAUGGCAGCCAGAAAAGGGAGGGGAGAGCAGCAGUUUGUCCCAGUCAGUAAGGACAAACAGAGGCAGUCAGAGCUCAAGUUCUGCGGAUUCAAGUUGAUAACAAAGGGGCAAACACUGCCGGCCUCCAAUGGGAAUUUUCUCAUGGAGUGCAAGUUGUGCGGCCGGGGUUUUCAGGGCAGUCAAUCGAAGGCCGCACAACACUUCACAAUAAAGAACAACUGCGCUAAAGUCACCGCGGAGCAGCUCGCGGAGAUCUGGAACAAGACCACCUACCUGUUCGAUCAGAGCCACCAUCGGAAGAUCAUCGACUUCCUGAGGUCUCGUGGGUUUCGAGACAAUAGAAAUACUUCAGGGAGGGAGCAAGCGGGGGAGGAGUAUGAUGACAGCGAGCAGGAGAGGAGGGCGGCCGAGGGGGGAGGUGAUGAUAGUGACAGUGAUUCACAGGACAUGGACGUGCGGCGAGAGGCGGAGCGCGCCAGGGGAAAGAUGAGGGGGGACAAGGCCGUUGCCGAGGACAGCACCCCGGACGAGCACGACGAUGACGACGAUGACGAGGACGAUCAGGGUGCAUACCUUGGGACGUCUCUUGAUGGGGGUCUGAUGGCCGCUGGUCGUCGAGGCCAAGAGGGGGGUGCCAAAGUGAUGAAGGACGCCGUGCAGUCGAAGAACAGAAAGAGGAAGGCAACGACACCAGCUCCUCCUCUGCUGAAGAAGGGCAAAGUCCUUCGACAGACUUCCAUGAUAGAGACCUUCGAUCCGGUGUGGCAACGAGAGUUUUCGAACGAGUUCCUGCAGUGGUGGUACGUGAGCGGGAUUCCAUUCGAGGCGGCGAGGAGGGCGGAGUACCAGCGAGUGAGGAAGCGGUUGCUCGAGUGUCCGCCGUAUACACAUCCUGCGUUGCCCACGCACCGUCUCAUUUUCGGCGACCGUAUCCCAGAGCAGCAGCGAGUUAUGGCGGAGAUGGUGGCGGCCGUCCGCAAGAACAUUGCGGCGACGGGAACGACCAUCCUCACGGAUGGUCGGAAGUCUAUCACUAGUGACCAGAUCGUCAACUUCCUUGCUGCUGGGCCCACAGAAGCUUAUCUUUUCAGGGCUGUGCAGCGCGACGGUGUUGUCCAGGAGACAGCCGAGGUGGUGGUGGAGCGAUGGAAGGACGUGUUCGACAGCUUCGGUGUCGAAAACGUCAACGCCAUUUGCACGGAUUCUGCGUCCGCGUAUGUGGCUGCAUCCAAGCUCCUGGCGAAGGAGAAGGUCAAGUACAGCCGCAUUACUUGGCUUUUCCGUGACGGCACCCCCGGGAAGCUUGGGAAGAGCGAGGACACCAUCAUCAGGGCUCGAGCAGUCGUGCGGAUCAUCAGAGAGCACAAGGCGGAUCAAAGCCUUUACCGAUGGUUAUCUGCCGCCCACCCCUCUUCCGCCUCCGCAGUUGCGGCCAGUUCCAGCGCUGCGCCACCCUCUUCUCAGCGGCGAGGCAGAGAGCUUGUGUACCCCGCACAGACGAGGUUUGCUACCCACUACUUGAUGUUGGAGAGGUUGUUGGAUCAUCGCCGAGCGUUGGAGGCGUUGAUGAUGAGCGACAACUGGUUGCGGACUGCAUGGAGGAGGUCCAUUUUCUUGCAGGCCACGUGGGUGUGUCAUCAGUUGCGGUACGCGCCAUUUUGGGAGCACGUGGAGGACAUCGUGGAGCUCAUGACGCCUGUGAUGCAGCUGUUACGCCAUUUGGACAGAGGGGGGCGUGUGAUGAGUCGCAUGUGGUCGUGGGCACUUGCCAUGGUCGACAGGGUGGCGAGGGUGAGACUGAACAGGACGUCGAGGGAGGAGCUCAACAUCGUUGUUCAGGCUUGUCAGGCGCGGGCCGGGUACGUUCUGCCAUGGGAGGACGUUGAGGAGGAGACAGAGGACAACAUUCCUCCACCUCGUGACGAGGGUGUUCGGCCAGCUCACCGAGUCACGGAGGCGCAGCUCAAGCGGCAGGUGCAGCGCGGGCGAAAGGAUCGACUUUCCAAGGCUCCGCCCAUCGUCGAGACAUAUUUCGGUCGCCGCGCCACGGUGCUCAUGCUGACUGAGUUGGACGCCGUGUACGAUCCCGAGUCGCAUCCUAUGGCUCAGGACCUGAUGGAGGCGGAGCCGUGGUCCGAUCCAGACGACCUGGCACUGGAGUCUGAGCCCGGAGAUUCUGAUGAUGGUGGCGACGAUGUUUCUCUCGCAGAGAUGUUGCGUCCUCGGACACGUGCUUCCACGACAUCCGCUGCGCAGCAUCCUCCUCCCCCUCCACCUCCGCCCCCGAGUGCACGUCCUUCCAGUGCAUCCACUGCGCAGCAUCCUCCUCCCCCUCCACCUCUGCCACCGAGUGUGCGUGCUUCCACUGCAGCCGCUGCACAACAUCCCCCUCCACCUCCAUCUCCGCCUUCGAGUGGUCGUGCUCCCACUGGAGCCGCUGCGCGGCAUCCCCCUCUACCUACAGAUCGUCCGGGACAUGGCGAGAAGGGGACUCGCGAGAUUGUUGACAAUCGAGACGACGACGACGACGAUGAUAGAGAGGGGUACGAGGGCAGCAGUGAGGACGAGGAUGAUCCCGCCUAUUCCCCGAGAUGCGGACGUGGUGACGACGACGAGGGCGACGAUGGUACACAGGCUGCAGGUGGUUUGCGGAGGUCGGAUCGACAUCGUGCCGACCGAUGCAGUGGUGCGGGCAGGGGAGACAAUGGUGCAGGCAGGGGUGUGGGGGGAGCAGGCCGUGGUGGUGGAGGACGGGCGAGGCGAGAGUCUGCAUCCUCCACUCACACUAUGCACUGGUUUGAUGAGGGUGCCGCGACAGGAGAGGUUGGCGCCGAGGCCGCUCCCUCCGCUGGAGAGUUCGCAGCGGCGUCUGAGGAGGUCGCAGGGGGCUUUGCAGAGGUUGCUGGCGAGGCUGCGCAGGUUGGGAGGGCUUCUGCGCAGUUGGGUGUCAGUUUCAGUGGUAUUCUUGAUGUUUUGUUGGGGCUUCCUCUGACACCGGCAGGCGAGCAUGGCAGUGGUGACGCAGGGGCUACGCCCGUCAGUCAGAUACUCCAAAAUGUACCUUCAUGCAGCAUGGGUGACAUCAGUAGCAGCAUGUUGCAGGAGGCAGCAGCGGGGACACAGGGUUCGUCGGGGCAGGAGGAGUGUGCAGCAGGGGACGGUGGGGAUUGUCGACAUGAGCAGGAGCGAGCGCCAGAGUCGGAGCAGAACAGGAUCGACCGCGAGGAGAGGGAGAGGGCGCACGACUUGGCUAGCCAUUGCGAGAUGACACAGAGUAUUGCGUCGAGGGAACGGGCAGAGCGGAUGCUCGAGACGGGCGGUGGUGAGGGUCAUCAUGUGACGGACGAUGCAGUGCUUGAGUGUGGAGGCGCGGGCGCCGGGGAUGCAGGCGAGAGACCUGCGUCACCGGCUCAGGGUUUUUGUAUAUUGCCUAUCGGUGGAGCCAUGACGGCGGGGGAGUUCGAGCGGCAGGCGUCGAGGAGGUUCACGACAGAGGGCCCAGCUUACGUGCCCUGCAGCCCGUCACUGCCAUCGUCCACCACUGGUGCCACUACCUCCGUACAUGCUGAGGGUCCAGUCACAGGACGGAUUACCGCACCGGCACCUGCAGAGUCUCCUUCUCCCAAAUCACGGAAGAAGAAGAUGAGAGCAGGUAAGAGUCUCAGUACUGUAAGGAGGGUGACGCAUGCGAUGCGGGAGACUCAGCCCGGGCUGGCCGGUUUAUAUCCGCGGACUCGGGAGGCAUUGGCCCUGGACGUUGUCGCGGAGACAGUAGGUUGGCGGAAGAGGGGCUCCAGUCGGGCAACGGAGCAGCCCAUCACAGCACCUGCUGAGGCGGAGAUGCGCACAACAGGUAGGGGGGAGGAGGCAGAGCACAGCGGCCCCCCCGGGAGGAGCAUGGUCGGACGUAUAUUGGGGGAGGAUGUGAGGACGGUGCCGGCACAACGACCGUUACAGGCAAGAGUCAUUUUGGAGUCUGGUACCGAUGAUUUGGAGAUGCCUCGUGGCCAGCGGAGGAGGGCUUCCGUGUACGACCUUCUUCGAGCACAGCACGGGGUUGACGCGGCGCCACAGGGGGCGGUUCAUGCUCCGGAUACAGCGCACGGGCCGGUAGGCGGCACAGGUGGCGGCGACGGUGUCAGAGGUGCGGUGCCGCAGAGGAGGAGGAAGGACAUUGUGGACGACGAUGAUGUUUAGUCCCACCAUUAGUCCUCUUUCAUCCUGUAUUUCUUAGUAGUGUAUAUUAUACUUAGUGCUUCGGAUGACGUGAUGUGUUCAUACGUGUAAUGUUUAUUAGAUUU